AACAGGGACUUCAGCCCAAGCUGCUGCCACUUCCUUCCUGCCACCACCUGUUAACAGUCAGCAACUGGGGAUGGGGAGAUGAUAACAAGGGCGGGGGUGGAGCCACAAGCGGAAGGCUGAACAGCCAUGGCUCUAUGGAUACUUACAGAUGCAUGCCAGGGUGUCCUGUUGGAUUUGGUACAGGGAGGUCAUUGCAGCCAUUCUCCUGUCUCCGUGUGGAAUGGGUGCAUGUGUCUGGGAGGAUGGGCAUUGGGAAAGACCUAUCCAGGACUUGGAUCUUGACUGGCAGGAGCCACAGGAGGUUACUUAGGGCACCACGCAGGACUUGAAAACAGCUCAAACAGAAGGGGAUAAUGUGGUUGGUUUCAAAGGUGGCAGCCACAGCAGCCUCAGGGACCUCAGCAACUAUGGCCUCCUGCCCAGACUCUGAUAAUAGCUGGGUGCUUGCUGGCUCCGAGAGCCUGCCAGUGGAGACACUGGGCCCGGCAUCCAGGAUGGACCCAGAAUCUGAGAGAGCCCUGCAGGCCCCUCACAGCCCCUCCAAGGCAGAUGGGAAAGAAUUAGCUGGGACCAUGGAUGGAGAAGGGACGCUCUUCCAGACUGAAAGCCCUCAGUCUGGCAGCAUUCUAACAGAGGAGACUGAGGUCAAGGGCACCCUGGAAGGUGAUGUUUGUGGUGUGGAGCCUCCUGGCCCAGGAGACACAGUGGUCCAGGGAGACCUGCAGGAGACCACCGUGGUGACAGGCCUGGGACCAGACACACAGGACCUGGAAGGCCAGAGCCCUCCACAGAGCCUGCCUUCAACCCCCAAAGCAGCUUGGAUCAGGGAGGAGGGCCGCUGCUCCAGCAGUGAGGAUGACACCGACGUGGACAUGGAGGGUCUGCGGAGACGGCGGGGCCGGGAGGCCGGCCCACCUCAGCCCAUGGUGCCCCUGGCUGUGGAGAACCAGGCUGGGAGUGAGGGUGCAGGCGGGGAGCUGGGCAUCUCCCUCAACAUGUGCCUCCUUGGGGCCCUGGUUCUGCUUGGCCUGGGGGUCCUCCUCUUCUCAGGUGGCCUCUCAGAGUCUGAGACUGGGCCCAUGGAGGAAGUGGAGCGGCAGGUCCUCCCAGACCCCGAGCUGCUGGAUGCUGUGGGGGACAGGCAGGAUGGGCUAAGGGAACAGCUGCAGGCCUCAGUGCCUCCUGACAGUGUCCCCAGCCUGCAAAACAUGGGUCUUCUGCUGGACAAGCUGGCCAAGGAGAACCAGGACAUCCGGCUGCUGCAGGCCCAGCUGCAGGCCCAAAAGGAAGAGCUUCAGAGCCUGAUGCACCAGCCCAAAGGGCUAGAGGAGGAGAAUGCCCAGCUCCGGGGGGCUCUGCAGCAGGGCGAAGCCUUCCAGCGGGCUCUGGAGUCAGAGCUGCAGCAGCUGCGGGCCCGGCUCCAGGGGCUGGAGGCCGACUGUGUCCGGGGCACAGAUGGGGUGUGCCUCAGUGGGGGUAGAGGCCCACAGGGUGACAAGGCCAUCAGGGAGCAAGGCCCCAGGGAGCAGGAGCCAGAACUCAGCUUCCUGAAGCAGAAGGAACAGCUGGAGGCUGAGGCACAGGCAUUAAGGCAAGAGUUAGAGAGGCAGCGACGGCUGCUGGGGUCUGUACAGCAGGAUCUGGAGAGGAGCUUGCAGGAUGCCAGCCGCGGGGACCCAGCUCAUGCUGGCUUGGCUGAGCUGGGCCACAGAUUGGCCCAGAAACUGCAGGGCCUGGAGAACUGGGGCCAGGACCCUGGGGUCUCUGCCAAUGCCUCAGAGGCCUGGCACCAGAAGUCCCACUUCCAGAAUUCUAGGGAGUGGAGUGGAAAGGAAAAGUGGUGGGAUGGGCAGAGAGACUGGAAGGCUGAGCACUGGAAACAUAAGAAGGAAGAAUCUGGCCGGGAAAGGAAGAAGAACUGGGGAGGUCAGGAGGACAGGGAGCCAGCAGGAAGGUGGAAGGAGGGCAGGCCAAGGGUGGAGGAGUCGGGGAGCAAGAAGGAGGGCAAGCGACAGGGCCCGAAGGAACCCCCAAGGAAAAGUGGUAGCUUCCACUCCUCUGGAGAAAAGCAGAAGCAACCUCGGUGGAGGGAAGGGACUAAGGACAGCCAUGACCCCCUGCCAUCCUGGGCAGAGCUGUUGAGGCCCAAGUACCGGGCACCCCAGGGCUGCUCAGGUGUGGACGAGUGUGCCCGGCAGGAGGGCCUGACUUUCUUUGGCACAGAGCUAGCCCCAGUGCGGCAACAGGAGCUGGCCUCUCUGCUAAGAACAUACCUGGCACGGCUGCCCUGGGCUGGGCAGCUGACCAAGGAGCUACCCCUCUCACCUGCUUUCUUUGGUGAGGAUGGCAUCUUCCGUCAUGACCGCCUCCGCUUCCGGGAUUUUGUGGAUGCCCUGGAGGACAGCUUGGAGGAGGUGGCUGUGCAACAGACAGGUGAUGAUGAUGAAGUAGAUGACUUUGAGGACUUCAUCUUCAGCCACUUCUUUGGAGACAAAGCACUGAAGAAGAGGUCAGGGAAGAAGGACAAGCACUCACAGAGCCCAAGAGCUGCGGGGCCCAGGGAGGGGCACAGCCAUAGCCACCACCACCACCACCACCACCGGGGCUGACGCCCUGCCCCACAGGGAAUGGCCUUGGCCUGGCCCAGCCCAAGAUCCCAGCGUUAUCUAACUCCUGGAGGGUGGACUCUGUCCUGGCUUGUUUGGUGUCCUCAGAUAUUUUUCACACAGUAGAGCAAAAUCACCAGCCCUGCACUGAUGUCACUUUAUGUAGAAAAAGGCCUUAGCUGGACCUGCGUUGCAGUCUAUGCAAAUGCAUGCAAAUACUCCAGGCCCUGGGAUGUGGGCUUGUGUUUUGUCACUGUGAAGGGGGAGAUGGGAGAGGAGCCUGUUUUGGGGUGGGGUCUGGGGAAGGCAAUCUGAUUCUGAAGCUAAAGAGCUUUCAUCCUCUUGAGUGUAUGUCCCCAUAGUGGGCCCCUUGACCCACAUGCUGACCGGUGCCUUGGGAUUUGACUAGAGUUGCUGGCUCGAGGCCCAGCACGAGGACUUACCCUGGGGUUUUGUUAGGUUUGGAAGCAGCUGUCCCUAGGGGGUGAAGUCCCCCCCCCCCUUUUUUUUUUUAACCCCUGCUUCUCCCACGGCUUCACCUCCCUAUGUGAACUGUAGACUCAGAUCCCAAUGAAGUGCUGUUGCAGCUAUGAUGCUAGGUGGUUUCUAAGCACAGGGGACACCCCACACCCCCUGCCUGAAUGGAUGGGUCCAUCCCAGGCACUGGUACUUGCCCCCUUGUUCUGUAUCCCCCUUUGCCCUUGCCUUGCCCUUCCAACAAACCCUAGGCCCUUGAGAAGCUGAUACUUCUCCUUUUGCUCACAGCUGCCUUGGCCCCACCCCUGGGAGAUGUAGCAAAUUGAGUGUGGGUUUUGGAGUCUGAGCCUCGGGCUCAAAUCCAGGCUAAGUGAUCUUGGGCAAGUUAAUCUCUGGAAACUUUGGGUUUCUUAUCCUCAAAAAAGGCGAUGGAAGGGCUGGGGAAGUGAUUAAAUAAAGCAAUGCAAGAAAAAUGUC